AGGAUGGCGCAUGCGCGUUGCUAGGUCCCUGUAGCCGCCUUCCUCUUACUUCCUGCCUGCGCCGCUCUGCUUCCGGGUCAGCGCGGAGAGUCUAUGUUUCUCGUCAGGGCCUCCGAGCCGGGGAGCCCGACGCCGGCCCGAUGCUGAGCAGCCGCCGGGCAGGAGGGAGCGGCUGCCCCGGGGCUUAGGGAGGGAUCCGGGGAGCGGGCGGCCCCGGGGGCGGUCUGGGCCUGGUAGAUGCGGCCCCGGCGCCCGCCAUGGACAAGAUCCUGGAGGGGCUGGUGAGCUCGUCGCACCCGCUGCCGGUGAAGCGGGUGAUCGUGCGGCGGGUGGUGGAGUCGGCGGAGACGCCGUUGAGCCAGGCCCAGUGCCGGGCCAUGUUCGCGCUCAGCACCCGGCUCAUCCUGCAGGGGCCCGACCCCUUCCAGCGGCAGGUGGGGCGGCAGGUGCUGGAGGCCUACGCCCGCUUCCACCGCGACGAGUUCGAGGCCUUCUUCAACCGCGGCCUGGUGCUGGGGCUGCUGCAGCGCGGCUACGGGGGGCUGGGCAGCCGCGACCCCGCCAUCCUGGACUACGUCCAGGCCGGGCUGCGCCUCAUCAUCAGCUGCCCCUCGGUGCUGGAGCUCUUCGCGCUGCUGCAGGUAGAGGCGCUGCGGAUGGUGUGUGAGCGGCCCGCGCCCCCGCUCUGCGCCCGCCUGUGCCAGCUGCUGGGCGACUUCCCGCAGUGCCUGCCUCGCGGCAGGAAGCUCUCACUCGCCUUCUGCCAGCAGCUGGUGCGCAGCAUGGCCCACUUCCAGAGCCAGGGCAGCCGGGAGCCCGAGCUGCGCCUCUAUGUUUCCCAAGUCACCCAGGUCAGCGGCCUCCUGCGCAGCAUCUGGAAGGCCGAGCCCGACACGCUGUUGCCUUCCCUGCAGGAGCUUUUCGCCGUCAUCUCCUCUACAGAUACUUCAUUUGAGCCUUCUGUUGCACUGGCAAGCCUUGUGCAGCAUAUCCCAUUACAGAUGAUUACAGUACUCAUCAGGAGCCUUACCACAGAUCCAAAUGUAAAAGAUGCAAGUAUGACUCAAGCUCUCUGCAGAAUGAUAGACUGGCUGUCCUGGCCCCUGGCUCAGCAUGUGGAGACAUGGGUAAUUGCGUUGCUGAAAGGACUAGCUGCAGUCCAGAAAUUCACUAUUCUCAUCGAUGUUACUCUACUUAAGAUAGAACUGGUUUUUAAUCGACUUUGGUUUCCACUUGUGAGGCCUGGUGCUCUGGCUGUCCUUUCUCACAUGUUGCUUAGUUUUCAGCAUUCUCCAGAGGCUUUUCACUUGCUUGUUCCACAUGUGGUCAACUUGGUUCACUCCUUUAAAAACAAUGGCUUGCCUUCCAGUGCAGCUUUCUUAGUGCAGCUGACUGAGUUGAUACACUGUAUGAUGUAUCAUUAUUCGGGAUUUCCGGAACUCUACGAACCUAUUCUGGAAGCUAUUAAGGAAUUGCCCAAACCAAGUGAAGAGAAGAUUAAGUUGAUUCUCAAUCAAAGUGCCUGGACUUCUCAAUCCAGUUCAUUGCCAUCUUGUUUGUCUAGACUUUCUGGAAAAUCUGAAACUGGGAAAACGGGUCUAGUUAACCUAGGAAAUACAUGUUAUAUGAACAGUGUUAUUCAGGCACUUUUUAUGGCCACAGAUUUCAGGAGACAUGUAUUAUCUUUGAAUCUAAAUGGGUGCAAUUCACUAAUGAGAAAAUUACAGCAUCUCUUUGCAUUUUUGGCUCAUACUCAGAGGGAGGCAUAUGCACCUCGGAUUUUCUUUGAGGCUUCCAGGCCACCAUGGUUUACUCCUAGAUCCCAGCAAGACUGCUCAGAGUAUCUCAGGUUUCUGCUAGACAGACUGCAUGAAGAGGAGAGAACCUUGAAAGCUUUGUCUUCAGCAAAGCCAUCUGAGAAUAUGAUGAGUAGUGAGUCUGUGGCACAGGAAACUGCCAACAAGGCACAAGUGUUUACUGAGGCACCUUGCACAGGAGGUGAAGAAAGAACAUUGAUAGAGAAAAUGUUUGGAGGGAAACUACAGACCAGUAUAUGCUGUUUGAACUGCAAAAGUACUUCUCAAAAAGAAGAAGCCUUCACAGAUCUAUCGCUGGCAUUUUGUCCUCCCCCUUCCUUGGAAAAUGUUGACAUGCGAAGCAUAACACAUUCUUCUGAAGUGAAAGAUGACUGCAUGGUGCAAACUAGUAUUGUAGCAUCCAGUCCUGUUGAAGAAUCAGCACUUGAUACAUCUCUGGCAGUAAGUGAUGGCUGUGAAACAGUUAUGAAUGAAGGAAUUCUGAAAGACCUUCUUCCUGCUGAGUUGAGCUCUGAGAAUAUUACAGACUCUGAUCUGUACAGAGUUCAGGAUAGUAAGAAUGUGUCUCAGAAGCCAGUAAGUGAAAAUACUCCCUCAGUUACUGACUUACUGAAUUAUUUUCUGGCACCUGAGAUUCUAAAUGGAGACAACAAGUAUUAUUGUGAAAAAUGUGCCUCUCUACAGAAUGCAGAGAAAAUUAUGCAAAUCAUGGAGGAACCUGAAUACCUCAUUCUCACUCUCCUCAGAUUUUCAUAUGAUCCAAAGUGUCAUAUAAGGCGCAAAAUCCUGGACAAUGUGUCUCUACCACUUAUUUUGGAACUACCGGUCAAAAGAACUGCAUCCUCUUUAGGUGUAGUGUCAAAGGGCUGGUCUGUGGACGUUGAAUUCUCUGACACUGGAGAAAAUCGUUCUAAAAAACUGAAGCCCUCAGGUGCUGAAGAAGUGUGCUGCCCAGAAUUGGUACCCUAUGUAUUAAGUUCUGUUGUGGUGCACUCUGGUAUAUCCUCUGAAAGUGGGCAUUAUUAUUCUUAUGCCAGAAAUAUCACUGGUUCAGGGCCCUCCUUAGGGCUGUGCCAUCAAUCAAAAACUAUGGCUUUAGCUUCCCACGGCAGCUUGUUGGCAGGGGAGAUUUCCCAUGCAGUUAUAGAAAAUGAUCUGGACGCUAAUGAGAUGUCAAAAGAAUGGUUUCUAUUUAAUGACAGCAGAGUGACAUUUACCUCAUUUCAGUCUGUCCAGAAAAUUACCAGUAGGUUUCCAAAGGACACUGCUUAUGUGCUGUUGUACAAAAAACAGAAUUGUAGUAAUGGUUUCAAUGCCAAUUCAGCAAAUGGACUCUGGGUGAACGGAGACCCUCCUCUGCAGAAAGAGCUUAUGGAUGCUAUUACAAAAGAUAAUAAACUGUAUUUACAGGAGCAAGAACUUAGUGCUCGAACGCAAGCACUACAAGCAGCCUCGGCCUCGUGCUCUUUUCGACCCAAUGGAUUUGAUGACAAUGAUCCCCCUGGAAGCUGUGGACCAACAGGGGGCGGGGGUGGGGGAGGAUUCAGUACUAUUGGUAGACUAGUGUUUUGAGGAAGACCUAGAAUACACUGGUUCCAAAACAGCUCCCACUGCUGCUUAGGACUGUUAAACCACUGAACUGCUUCAAAUAUCCUACCAAGCUUUUGUUUUUGAGACAUAAUCCUUGUUCAGAAAACAAAUGUUAAUUUUGUUUGUUUUGGUUUUAUUUGAAAUAAAUAAGUGCAUCAUGGAGAAAACUACCUCUUAAAAAUCCUAUCGUUUUAAUAGCAAGCUGUGCUUGGCCAAAAAAGAGAAGAGGAAAAAAAAUUUAAUCCCUAAUGAUGCUGCAUAAAAUUUAAUAAAUGCAGUUAAAUCAGUUUGUACCAUCCCAAUCCAUUGAAUAAAGGAAGAUAGUUCAUUCAUAGAAGAGAGAUGGUUAGUCAAUAGUGGAAUGCUUUCAGGUGGGCAUAAUUGCAUACAUAUUUUUUCCUUCAUAAGUCUGGAAAUCUUAAUGGUGGCAGGGAGGGGAUGCACCCUUAUAAUGAAGGCAAUAACUUAAAUUUUAAAACAUGACCUGCUACAGUACUUUCCAGGGUAGGAGUUAUUCAGAUUCAGUAUAUUUGCAUUUUGAGUACAACUGUAAAAAGUCAUUUAUACACAUUUGCUAAAUCAUUUUCAAGAAAUGUGCAUGGUCCUGUAGGAACAAAGUUUUUAACUAGAAAUUGCUAAAUUUGUAGUAUUUCUAAUUGUUUUGAGGAUUUUUAAAUUAUUUCAGGAAGUAUAUCUGCUCUGUAUUUGAAAGGAGGAGGUUCUGUAUGUGCCUUGCAGUACUGUAACUUAAAUACAAAACUUUCUGAGGCUGUGGAAGAGUUAAAGAACAAUGUUAGAAAUUUUGUGUUAAUAUUAGAAAUUAAUACAUUUUUUGGAAAGUUAUUAGAUUUUCCAGAAGUAAAAUCUGAUGGUUCUAAAACUCUCAUGUUGUCCAUUAUUUACAGUUCAGUAGGGGCAGUUUUUGAAUUGCAGCUUCUCUGGCCUACGUGAUUAAAAAUCUGAUCAUAAACACUGCUCCAUAGUUGCAAAGUUGUAAAUUGUUUUGUCCAAAAAGUUGCUGAGUUGAUCCUUACCAAAUGGGUUAAGGUAUCUCAGCCUGCCUGCACUUCCCAAUAUCCAGAUUCUUUUCUUUUAUGCUUGUCCAACAAUAGGAACUUUAUGCCUUGGAAGAGAAUCACUAAUGAUGUUACUUAUGGUUUGUCCCUCCUGGGCACUUCCAGCCUCUCUGAGGAGCAUCUGAAGACACUUUUUUUAUCCCAGUGACAUACUGACUCCCUGGCUGUGCUGAUCUCUGUGGUAAUCUCAGUUUUACAGGCCGUCUUCUAGAAGGGACCAUUGUGAUUAUCUAGUCUGACCUUUUGGAGCCUCUCUGUGUUACGUCUCCUAGCUCUCUGAGAAGACAGAUACAAAUUAAGAUGCUCAAGAGAGACCAGCACUAACAUUCUAUUGACAAUCUGAGGCAUCUUGUCUUGCACCUGGUGACCUAAAAUGUUCUUGGAAACUUCUUGGUUGACUAGAAGCUACCCUUUUUAUUCCCCCUUCCCUUGUGUUGGUAUCCAAAGGAAGAUUUGGCUCAGGGAAAGUACCUCAAUCUGUGCCUUGAGACAAUGGGGCACAAUGGUCAGUCCUCUUGUGGGUCAUGCUAACGAUGUGCCGCUGGUUUCAUUACUCUGUUUAAAGAGAAAUUGAUAGGAGGGGUUUAGUUUUAAUACUGAAAUCUGUUGCGGUUCAGGAAUUUAUUUAUUUAUUUUAAAUGAAGACAACUUUGUUUUGGUGUCUUAGGCCCAGAUCCUUGAAAAGUGGAGGUAGAUGCUAUUCAAGCUUCCAGACAGUUUUUUGACAUUUUAUAAUAUCUUGGCUUGUCUGCAGUACCUCUGCUAUUCCCGUCCUGGGCCUCUGCAUCAGGUUCUCGGUCAUGGAGCCUGGAGAUGCAUCAUGUAGCACAGAGCAUGCUAUAUUUUCUGUAGUCUUAAGAAUGCACCUUACUGGUGAUGGCCCUGGACUUCUAUGUGGCUCCUAGAAUCAUCCUACCACUCUGUGUCCCUAGGCUUCCGCACCUCUGUUUCUCGCCAUGGCUUAUUUAGCAGGGCUAGUUUGUUUUGGCUCUUUUGGGGGAUUUUGAACUAGAAAAUGUAUUCAACAAAUAGCUCAUCCUUUUAUAAAAUAAUAUUCUUAUCAACAGGAACACAGAGAAAUGGGUUAAAAUAACAAAGAAAGCUCCACACAUUAAUCUUCAACUGUUCUUUCCUUGCAAGUUUUGGGUAAAUUCUACUCAGCCUAGACAUCCCUACUCCUGAGCUACGGGAGAGUCAACCCCUACAGCAUUCUCUCAGUAUCUCUCUCUAUCUCCAGCUGCCCACUCACUCCCCCACUGUAGGGCAGGGGUGUCUAAUGGGUUAGUGUUCCUUGGAUCCUAGUGUUCGACCUGGGAAAAAUAAGCCUAGCUUGGAUGGAGCCAGGCCUUUCCCAUUUAAUGUCUCUAUAAUUCUGUUGAGGAUCCUUGGUAUUCUCUCUGGAGGUGUCUCACCUCUGUCAUUGUUUAGUGUCCUUUUUUGUAAACCCGUAAACUCCUUUCACUUAACUUCAUGCACUUAUACAGAAUAAUAUCAAGCAGGUAACCAGAGAUGAUGAUAGAAAUACAGAAAAAGCCCACCUUCUCCAAAGGAUGUGAACAAAUUAGAAUGAUCAAACAGUAAUUUCACUUAUGAUGUGGUUGAGGUUUGGGACUAGGUUUUCUAAAGAUUAAAUGACUAGUUCACUUUGCCACUGACACCUCUCACAAAUUUAAAAUCCAGUUACCUUCAGAAAAUGGGUUAAAAGAAACGACACCCACCUUUAGGUCUCCUUGCCAAUUUUUCUUUGUUUUACAGUUGCAUUUAUCUGGUGAAUAUUUUUAGACGGCUUCCCCCCCACCUCACCCCCCAUUGCUGUGUGGGAAAACCUACACAAACAGGAAAUUGCCUGACUGCCUGUGGGAUUGGCUGACUAUAUGCAAUGCAGUCUAAUGCACAAAGUAAACAAAAAGAGCAAUGUUUUGUUUCUCUGGAGCAGUUUAUAGUGAUCUUAGAUUACUCAAACACUUUA